AUGCCGUCUGGUGUGUCUUUCGCCGAUUCGCCGGCGCCAGUGCGGCCGGUGAGGGAAGUGCAGUUCGGUAUCAUGAGUCCUGAGGAAAUCCGCGCCAUCUCGGUCAUGAAGGUCGAGUACCCCGAAACUCUCGACGAGACGGGGCGGACUCGUGUCGGCGGGCUGAUGGAUCCCCGCAUGGGCACCAUCGACCGCACGCAAAAGUGCCAGACCUGUGGUGAAGGCAUGGCCGAGUGUCCUGGUCACUUUGCUCACAUCGACCUUGCACGACCGGUCUUCCACAUCGGUUUCCUUGGCAAAGUCAAGAAACUGCUAGAGAUCGUCUGCACUCACUGCGGAAAAGUAAAAGCGGACGCGACGAGCGACCCUGUCUUUGACCAGAUCCUCAAGCGCACGCGCGGCAGCAGAAAGCGGCGGUUCCAAGAGGUGUGGGACUACUGUAGCAAGAUCCCCAUCUGCCAAGCCGACGAUCCAAAGGAGGAGGAUGACAUGAACUUUGGGGACGAUGCUGCAGACAACAAGGCCGGGCAUGGUGGAUGUGGGCACGAGCAGCCAGCCAUUCGCAAAGAGGGUCUCAAGCUCUUUCAGGUGUGGAAGCGGGGCAAGGACGACGAGGAUGCAGAGGGAGAGGGCUCCAAGAGCGCUCAGCCGGACAAGCGUCCACUGACGGCGAUGGAAGCACACUCGAUCUUGCGAAAAAUGUCGUCCGAGGACAUCGCUGUCGUUGGUCUGUCGGAAGAGUUCGCACGCCCAGACUGGAUGAUCCUCACAGUCUUGCCGGUGCCGCCGCCUCAGGUUCGACCUGGUGUCACAGAGGGCGGCCAGGGGACACAACAGGCGCAAGACGACUUGACAUACAAACUGGCCGAGAUUAUCAAGUCCAACGUCAAUGUGCGCAAGUUCGAGGAGGAGGGUGCGCCAGCGCACAUCAUCAGCGAGUUCGAACAGCUGCUGCAGUUCCACAUUGCCACGUACAUGGACAACGACAUUGCUGGCAUGCCUCAGGCGAUGCAGAAGAGCGGUAGGCCCGUCAAGGCUAUUCGUGCUCGAUUAAAGGGAAAAGAGGGCCGCCUGAGAGGGAACUUGAUGGGCAAGCGUGUCGACUUUUCUGCCCGUACCGUCAUCACGGGUGAUCCCAAUCUGGAGUUGGACGAGGUCGGAGUGCCGAAGAGCAUCGCCCGCAACCUCACCUACCCGGAGCGAGUGACGCCAUACAAUAUCAACUACCUCCAGCAGCUCGUCCGCAACGGGCCGACCGAGUGGCCAGGUGCACGCUAUGUUGUCCGUGACACCGGCGAGCGGAUAGAUCUUAAGUACGGUCGGAGAUCGGACAUGACGCUUCAGUUUGGCUGGAUCGUCGAGCGCCACCUCAAAGAUGGGGACUUUGUCCUCUUCAAUCGCCAGCCGUCACUGCACAAGAUGUCGAUGAUGUGCCAUCGCGUUAAGCUGAUGGAUUUUUCUACCUUCCGUCUGAACCUCUCCGUUACGCCGCCGUACAAUGCCGAUUUCGACGGUGACGAGAUGAACUUGCACGUUCCGCAGAGCGAAGAGACGCGCGCGGAGCUCAGCCAGAUCGCUUGGGUCGCCAAGAACAUCGUCUCUCCACAGGGCAACAAGCCGGUCAUGGGCAUUGUGCAGGACACCUUGUGCGGUAUCCGCAAGUUCACGCUGCGCGACUGUCUGCUAGACUAUGAUCAGGUGCAGAACAUCCUCCUCUGGGUGCCCGAAUGGGAUGGUCUCUUUCCGACACCAUGCAUCCUUAAGCCGAAGCCAUACUGGUCUGGGAAGCAGAUCAUAUCGAUGUGCAUCCCCAGAGGUGUCAACGUCAGCUUGGGCGACCGCAUCACGCCGGAAAAGAAUAACGCCAAGGAUGACGGCGUGGAAAUUGACAACGGCGAGAUCAUGUACGGCGUCGUCAAGAAGAACGUCGUUGGGUCCUCCGCUGGGGGUCUCAUCCACAUCAUCUUCCGCGAGAAGGGGCCGGAGAUCUGCAGAGAUUUCUUUGGCGGCGCUCAGAGGGUCGUCAACUUCUGGCUACUUCACAACGGCUUCAGCAUCGGCAUUGGUGAUACGGUCGCUGAUGCCGCAGUCGCCAAGUAUAUCACUGAGACGAUCGCGACUGCGAAGCGCGAAGUCGAGCAGUUCAUCGAUGACGCGCGUUUCGAUCGCAUGAAGCCAGAGCCGGGUAUGACAAUCCGAGAGUCUUUUGAGACUAAAGUCAACCGAACGCUCAACAAGGCACGUGACGAUGUUGGUAGCAGAGCAGAGAAAGAGCUGCCGGACUGGAACAACGUGAAGCAGAUGGUCAUUGCGGGAAGUAAAGGAUCUUUCAUCAACAUCUCGCAAAUGUCUGCCUGCGUCGGGCAACAGUCCGUUGAGGGCAAGCGUAUUCCGUUUGGCUUCCGCCAUCGCAGUCUACCGCACUUCUCCAAGGACGACUUUUCGCCCGAGUCCCGAGGCUUUGUCGAGAACUCUUACCUUCGGGGGUUAACUCCACAUGAGUUCUUCUUCCACGCCAUGGCCGGGCGUGAGGGUUUGAUCGACACGGCUGUCAAAACUGCCGAGACGGGAUACAUCCAGCGUCGUCUCGUCAAGGCUCUUGAAGAUGUAAUGGUCCAUUAUGAUGGCACCGUGCGCAACUCGACGAACAAGAUCAUCCAGUUCAUCUACGGUGAAGAUGGCAUGGAUGGCGCGAUGAUCGAGCGGCAGUUCUUGCUCACGCACAAGCUUAACGAUGCUGAGUUCCGCGCUCGAUUCAAGGUCGACCUGCACAAAGGCGGCUUCCGGAAAGGUCGCUUGCAAGCUGGCCUGGCGGACUGGUCGCAAGAUCUGCAGACGAUGCUCGACGACGAAUUUACUCAGCUUGAGGAAGACCGUCGGUUGCUGCGUUUCGAGAUGUUCAACACGAACCGCAAUGAUGUCAUGCUGCCGCUCAAUAUUGCGCGCUUGGUCACCAACGCCAAACAAGUUUUCGUUGUCGACAGCAGCCAGCCCACUGAUGUUGGGCCGGCACACAUCAUCGCUUCUGUUCGCGAAGUCCUCGAGGAUCUGACGGUCAUCCGUGGAGAUGACUCGAUCAGUCGUACUGCGCAGGAGAACGCCACGUUACUUUUCAAAGUACACCUGCGGUCGUACCUUGCUUCGAAACAUGUCAUCGAAGUCCUGGGUCUCAACAAGGAGUCUUUCGAUUGGGUGAUCGGCGAAGUCCGAGAGCAGUUCUCUAUGUCCGUGGCCAACCCAGGCGAGAUGUGCGGGACGCUGGCCGCGCAGUCGAUUGGAGAGCCUGCAACACAAAUGACGCUCAACACGUUCCAUUACGCUGGUGUAUCGAGCAAGAACGUCACGCUCGGUGUUCCGCGUCUCAAGGAGAUCAUCAACUGCGCAGAGAAUAUUCGUACCCCAUCUGUUCUAGUGUACUUGCGUGAACAGUACAGUCAAACCGAGGAGAGCGCCAAGAUCAUCCAGACCUACUUAACACACACCACGCUCCAGACCGUCACUAGUGCCGUCGAGAUUCACUAUGAUCCGAACCCGGUCGGCACCCUCAUUGAGGACGACAAAGACUUUGUUGACGCCUUCUUCGCCAUCCCGGAUGAAGAGGUCGAACAGACAUUGGACAAGCAGUCUCCAUGGCUGUUGCGUCUUGUACUGGACAGAGCCCAGAUGCUUGACAAGAAUCUGUCGAUGGCAGAAGUUGCAGGCAAGAUUCAGGCUAUGUUCGGCCAAGACAUUUUCGUCAUGCAUUCGGAAGACAACGCGGAGCAGCUUGUUCUACGUAUUCGCGUGGUCAACAAUGAUACGGAGAAAGAGCCUCUAGGAGACGAAGACACGUUCCUUAAGAACCUUGCAGCGAACAUGCUGACCGAGAUCGAUCUCAAGGGUGUGCAAGGCAUCAAGAAGGUCUUCAUCGUCAAGCACGAGAAGGAGCACCAACGUAUUAACCUGAAGACUGGUGAAUGGGAGCCUGUCCUCGAAUGGGUACUGGAUACGCAAGGUACCAAUUUAAAGGAGGUGUUAGCUGUGGAAGGUGUUGAUACCGUGCGCACGGUCUCGAACAACUGCGUCGAGAUCUUCAAUGUCUUCGGCAUCGAGGCAGCGCGUAACUCUUUACUGCGGGAGAUGAGAAUGGUCAUCGAGUUUGGCGGCUCGUACGUGAACUACCGCCACAUUGGUUUGCUGGUGGACAUCAUGACCACACAAGGCAAGCUCAUGGCUAUCACACGCCACGGCAUUAACCGCACGGACCAAGGCGCCCUGAUGCGCUCUUCCUUCGAAGAAACUGUUGAGAUUUUGAUCGAGGCGGCUGCAAUGGGCGAAGCAGAUGACUGCAAGGGUGUUGCUGAGAACGUCCUCCUUGGACAGAUGGCGCCUAUGGGCACUGGCUCAUUCGACGUUACUCUGAAUAUGCGGAUGCUGCAAGAAGUCAUUGUCGAUCAUCGUUUGCCGAUGCAGGCCUUAAUGGCAUCCAGAAUUGAUCAUUUCGGAGACAAGACCCCCAUCGGCAUGAUGACACCGUACGACGGCAUGUCACCGAUGGCGCAAGCCGAAGCGCAGGCACAUGAUGUGGCAGCCUUCUCGCCCCUUGUCAAUCCGACAAAUGAAGAGAAUGCGUUCGUCGAUUACUUGGGACAAGGAAUUUCGCCGAUGCGAUCAUCCAUCGGGGGCAUGUCUCCAGGUACUCAUCUAGGAGCGGUAUCGCCGGCGUAUGGCUAUGCCCCGACAUCUCCAGCAGCGUAUUUGACGAGUCCUGGGGCAGCUUUAGCGAGCCCAAUGUACCAGUCGCAUGCAGCUUCUUAUUCGCCAACUUCACCGAAGCUCAAUUUUGGUACCUCACCUGGGUACAGCCCAGCGUCGCCUGGCUUCAGUCCGGCAUCUCCGUCGUAUUCACCAACGUCGCCACGGGGCUACUCGCCAGCGUCUCCACAAUACUCGCCGGCCUCACCGUCCUACUCACCUGCAAGCCCCUCAUACUCGCCCACGAGUCCAGCACGCGGCGGGAAGCCAUCGGGCGCAGGGUACAGCCCUGCGAGCCCAGCUUACAGCCCGGCCAGCCCCGCGUAUUCGCCAGCAAGUCCAGCAUAUUCUCCCGCCAGUCCCGCGUACUCGCCUGCGAGCCCGGCCUACUCUCCGGCUAGUCCAGCCUACUCGCCCGCUAGUCCGUCGUACUCGCCAGCCUCGCCACAGUACUCUCCAACGUCGCCAAAGUAUAGUCCGGCGAGCCCACAAUACAGCCCUACCUCGCCCGCUGGUCAGCAACCUACUUCUCCACAAUAUAGUCCUGCAUCGCCCGGCGCAGCAGCCACCAAUGGAGCCAACGGAAGCAGAGGAGGCGUACCUCCAAGAAGAUCCAAUUUCACCUCCAAGAGCAUGUAUCUUGAUCGUGAUCAGUAA